UAUGUAAAUUAGUACGUAAGGAUACAUUCCGACGUCUUCAAGAUUACGCGGAGUGCACAAUCAAUCAAAUAGGCGGGAAAAAAGAACAAGCCUCUUAGACUUCGAACAAACCUAAUACCAAUUUUAGGGUUUCAACUUUCAACUAGUUCUCUAUCAAAACAAGAACUAAGACAGAGGAAACUCUGUGUACGAUUAGAACUAGUAAAAUGAACAGUAACAGAGGCAUUGAAGAGAAUACGUCGGCGAUUAUAGAUUCCUUCGGAGUUAAAGAUGCUCGUGAUAUAGAAGAUGACAGGCUUUCUUUCCUUCAAGCUGUUCGCGUUACUUCUAUUGUUCCUGAAAAUGGAACUGUACCAAGCAGCAAAAUGUUCGAGGCGAUUUUCCAAAUUAUGCGAAAUGGGACUACUCUGGAACUGAUUAUAACAAGUUACCAGUUAUUGAUUGAGUUAGAGAAGCGAUAUCCUCGUGUGUACUUAUCCAACUCCGAACUGGUUGUAGAUAAAGAGGCUUGGUCACCUUUCUCUUUUGGUUCCGAGGGUGCUUAUAGUGAUAGGAAUUCAACUAAUGGAGACUUGGACGAGCCACUUAACCCCAAUGGAUUUUUUCUUCUUGCGCAAGUUGCUGAUACAGGUUUUAAGCUGUCAGGGAUCAAGCCUCUGGCAGACAUGUUUUUGUUUCAGUAUCUUAUCAGGGUUCUUGAAAGAGAUUUCUUACCUCGUAACUCUGUAUAUAAAGAAAGCUCGGAAUGGUCUCUUCUCAGGGAGUCUUUAUUAAACACUCUGAUGGGAUCGAGGAGGAUAAACUAUAGGAACUUAUUCAAAGACUGCCUGUAUAUUUUAUGUAAAGGAUCUCAUGCUGGAUUUGAUAUUCCUGAUGGAGAAUCUGCAGUUAAAUCUUCAACACAAGCAUCAGGUGGGAUGGUUGGGCCGACUAUUUUGUCUGAGUUCGGAAAGAGAACAGUUGUUGCGGUGCAAAUUUUUUUGACAUCGAUACUGGAGCUUGUAGUCUCAAAGAAGCAAGCAGAUAUGAAAGGGGAGACAUCAAGAGCUGAUGGUGUGAGAGUCCCUCUUAUGGAUAUUAUUGUUGAUGAACUUACAUACAACAAAGAUCUUAUUUCCCCAUUUCUCCAGGUCUUUUCCGAGUCUCAAUGGAAACUGGACAUAAUUUUGCAGUACUUUGAGAAAUACGUACCAAAACAGACUUCACUGCAAACUAGGAGGUCAAAUAAUUCUCCAGAGGUUUCAAAGUUAGAUGUUGUUCUGAAGUGCUUUUCGAAUGUGGCGAGCACGCGCGGCAUUGUCAAGAAAAUCAAUGUUGAAGUAGCUCAAUUGCUUCUGGCACAUGCUUUUCAGGCAUACACCUGUGAAAAAGCUGAUGACAGCUCUCUCGUACAAGUAUGCAAGGAUAUAAGUGCUGCUUUUCAGAACCUCAGAAAAAUAGAUGAGGAUAUGGAGAUGCUGCAAAUUGCAGAAGAGGCACUAUUUACUGUAGCAACAAUCCUGUCAACAAAAUGAUGCUUGUCUUGAGCAAAAUUUGUCAGCAACAGAAAAGUCAUCCUUGGUUUUCAUUUUCACUCGUAAUUUUGGAAAUUGUUUUUUGUAAAUGGUUUUUGUUUGCCAGUUUUAUGUCAACGGUUAUCAUGUCUACAAGGGGUGCCUUUUGUUUGUUGCAAUGUUUACAUGUUAAAUGAACUUAUCAAGUUAUCAGUCCCUGAUUCUGCCAGAUAUUGACUACAUACUUCCUUUUUUUUUUAAAAUAAACUAUCUGUAUUACAUGUUAAUA